GGCAGACUAAACGCUGAAACAAAAAGCUAAGACACCGAAUACCAGAAGCAAACAACAGCCAUGGCGAUUCACACACCCAAUUUGGAGUGCCGGAUGUACGAGGCGAAGUACCCCGAAGUGGACAUGGCGGUGAUGAUUCAAGUCAAGAAUAUCGCCGACAUGGGGGCUUACGUCUCCUUGCUCGAGUACAACAACAUCGAGGGUAUGAUCUUGUUCUCGGAGCUCUCCCGCCGUCGAAUUCGCAGUGUCAGUAGUCUGAUCAAGGUCGGCCGCAUCGAGCCUGUUAUGGUCCUUCGUGUUGACAAGGAGAAGGGAUACAUCGAUUUGAGCAAGAGGAGGGUUAGUGAAGAGGAUAUUCAGGCUUGUGAGGAGAGGUACAACAAGAGCAAGCUGGUUCACUCUAUCAUGCGCCAUGUUGCCGAGACUAUGGGCAUUGAUUUGGAGGAAUUAUACAUCAAUAUUGGCUGGCCUCUCUACAGAAAAUAUGGACAUGCUUUUGAGGCAUUCAAAAUCGUUGUGUCUGAUCCUGAUUCUGUGUUGAAUUCUCUCACUCGUGAAGUGAAAGAAAUUGGCCCUGAUGGGCAAGAGGUGACUAAGGUGGUUCCUGCUGUGUCUGAGGAAAUCAAAGAUGCUUUGGUAAAAAAUAUUAGGAGAAGAAUGACCCCACAACCUCUGAAGAUUCGAGCUGAUAUUGAGAUGAAGUGUUUCCAGUUUGAUGGAGUGCUUCACAUUAAGGAUGCCAUGCGGAAGGCUGAGGCUGCUGGAAAUGAUGAUUGCCCAGUUAAGAUAAAAUUGGUUGCACCUCCACUCUAUGUUCUUACCACUCAGACUCUUGACAAGGAUCAAGGAAUAGCUAUUCUUGGUAAAGCAAUUGCAGCCUGUACUCAAGCAAUAGAGGAGCACAAGGGUAAACUAAUCGUUAAGGAGGCACCAAGAGCAGUGAGUGAACGGGAUGAUAAAUUGCUUGCUGAGCACAUGGCUAAGUUGCGUAAUGAUAAUGAAGAGGUCAGUGGAGAUGAAGAUAGUGAGGAGGAGGAAGAUACAGGAAUGGGAGAAGUUGAUGUUGAGAAUGCAGGUCCUGGAAUAACGGAAUAAAAUUGAUGGUGACCAAUUUUUUCACUGAGGCAUUUUUCUUUCUCCGGAAACUUAUAUUUACUAGUUAGAUUUGACGUUGCAUACAUGUUACCAACUGAUUCAAUUUUUCAACAUUGAAGAGUUCUGUCAUGUGGAAAAGUAAAGUUCACAAUAUUGGCUGUCAUGUUGCUGUUUUUUGGAUUUCUUGGUUCCAUUCUUUCUGGGAUUUCUUUUCCUUGUUAGGAACAUAUAUUGUUUUCAAGGAGAUCAAUCAAGCACUCAGUUGAAU